AUCAGAUCUCUGAUUGCUCCCCAGAAGAUAGAGCCAUUUAGGUAAGAGCUAGCAAAUAGACCUGGAAAAGCAUCUCUCUGAGUGCAAGUCAGUAAAAAUUAAUUCAACAUAAUUUCACCAAACUCACUCGGUGGGUUGAAACCGCCUUGAAGAAGCUGUGCCCUCUGGACACCCUCUGGACAAUGGAGACAGCGCUACCAAAAGCCACACAGAAAAGGCAAGUGGUUUUGCUUACUAUGUUAUUGCUUUUGUGGGAGGUUGAAUGUGAAGCAGUUACAUAUUCCAUACCAGAAGAAACAGAAAGUGGCUUCUUGGUGGCUAAUCUAGCAAAGGAUCUGGGGCUCAAGGUGGGGGACCUGGCCUCUCGAGGAGCUCGAAUCCAUUACAAAGGAAACAAAGAGCUCUUGCAGCUCGAUGUAAAGACAGGCAAUUUGCUUCUGUAUGAAAAACUGGACCGGGAGGUCCUGUGUGGCAUUACAGAACCCUGUGUGUUGCAUUUCCAGCUGAUACUGGACAACCCAGUGCAGUUUUUUCAAACUGAUCUGCAACUCACAGACAUAAAUGACCAUUCCCCAGCAUUUCCAGACAGGGAAAUGCUCCUAAAAAUUCCUGAGAAUGUUCAGCCAGGGACUGUGUUUCCUCUAAAAACAGCUCAGGACUUAGACAUAGGGAGCAAUGCUGUUCAGAACUACACCAUCAGCCCCAACCUCAAUUUCCAUGUUGUCACUCAAAAUCGUGGAGAUGGCAGGAAAUACCCGGAGCUGGUGCUGGACAGAGCGCUGGAUAGGGAGGAGCAGCCUGAGCUCAGCUUAACCCUCACUGCGCUGGAUGGGGGGGCUUCGCCCAGGUCUGGGACCACCACAGUUCGAAUUGAAGUCCUGGACAUCAAUGACAACGCCCCCCAGUUCAUACAGCCAGUCUAUGCGGUGCAGGUUCCUGAGAACAGCCCACUUGAUUCCUUAGUUAUCACUGUCUCUGCCAGAGAUUUAGACGCUGGGACUCACGGGAAUUUAGCCUACUCUCUAUUUCAAGGUGAUGAAGUUUCUCAACCAUUUGAAAUAGAUGAAAUCACGGGAGAAAUUCGUCUGAAACAGGCAGUAGAUUUUGAGACAACUCGAAAUUAUAACAUGGAAAUUAUAGCCACGGACAGUGGGGGGCUUUCUGGAAAAUGCAGUGUGGCUGUAGAGGUGGUGGAUGUGAAUGACAACGCGCCAGAACUGACCAUAUCUUCACUCACUAGUUCUAUCCCAGAAAAUGCACCUGAGACUGUAGUUGCUGUUUUCAGUGUUUCUGAUCCAGAUUCUGGAGACAAUGGAAAAAUGGUUUGUUCUAUUCAGAACGACCUCCCAUUCCUGUUGAAGCCCACAUUGAAAAACUUCUAUACCUUACUGACAGAGGGGCCACUAGACAGAGAGAGCAGAGCUGAGUACAGCAUCACCAUCACAGUCUCCGACCUGGGCACACCCAGGCUGAAAACCCAGCACAACAUAACCUUGCAGGUCUCCGACGUCAACGACAACGCCCCCGCCUUCAGCCAAGCCUCCUACACCAUGUACGUCCCCGAGAACAACAGCCCCGCCCUGCACAUAGGCACAGUCAGAGCCACAGACUCAGACUCAGGCGCCAACGCCCAGCUCACCUACUCGCUGCUGCCACCCCACGACCCGCACCUGGCCCUCGCCUCGCUGGUGUCCAUCAACGCCGACAACGGGCAGCUGUUCGCCCUCAGGGCGCUGGACUACGAGGCCCUGCAGGCCUUCGAGUUCCGCGUGGGCGCCGCAGACCGAGGCUCGCCCGCGCUCAGCAGCCAGGCGCUGGUGCGCGUGCUGGUGCUGGACGCCAACGACAACGCGCCCUUCGUGCUCUACCCGCUGCAGAACGCCUCUGCGCCCUGCACCGAGCUGCUGCCCAGGGCGGCCGAGCCGGGCUACCUGCUCACCAAGGUGGUGGCGGUCGACCGCGACUCGGGCCAGAACGCCUGGCUGUCGUUCCAGCUGCUCAAGGCCACCGAGCCAGGCCUGUUCGGAGUCUGGCCGCACAAUGGCGAGGUGCGCACCGCCAGGCUGCUGAGCGAGCGCGACGCGCCCAGGCACAGGCUGCUGCUGCUGGUCAAGGACAAUGGCGAGCCGCCGCAGUCGGCCAGCGUCACGCUGCACGUGCUGCUGGUGGAUGGCUUCUCGCAGCCCUACCUGCCGCCGCCCGAAGUGGCGCGCCAGCCCGCGCAGCCCGACGCGCUCACGCUCUACCUGGUCAUCGCCUUGGCCUCGGUGUCUUCGCUCUUCCUCUUCUCGCUGCUGCUCUUCGUGGCCCUCAGGCUGUGCAGGAGGACCAGGCCGGCCUCUCUGCCUGGCGGCUCUGUGCCUGAGGGCCGCUUUCUGGGACAUCUGCUGGACGUCAGGGGGGCGGGGACCCUGUCCCACAGCUACCAGUAUGAGGUGUGUCUGGCGGGAGACAGUGGGACAGAUGAGUUCAAAUUCCUGCAGCCAAUUAUCCCCACUAGUCUAAUUCAAGAUACCUAGCAAAAUUUAAAUUUCAGGGAGGCUUUAACGGUUAGUAACAAUAUAAAAUUUGUUGCUGGCUACAAACGUUUUUUGUUUUGCAUUCAAUAAUCUUUCUUUAGACACAGACAUUAUACACACACACACACACUUUCUUUGUAGCUUGUUAAUGGUGUUAUAUCUUCAUUUCUUAUGCUGCUUUCUAAUUUACCAGUGCAGUCUUAAUGUGACUUUCAUUAAUAGGAGAGAAUAUAAAAAGCAACUUUAUUUUCUUUCUGUGGUCAUUUCAAAUAGAAUUCUUAAAAUAUUUUAUUUUUCCUUUCAUGUAUAUGACUGUA